CACAUUUUUAAUGGUUUCAUUUUUGUUUUUGCGGCCGUCGUAACCAAAAUCAAGAGCCGGCAGAUGUGGGUAAAAGGACAAGGAAUAUUCAAAACGGAAAGUCCUUUAUAAAAUGGCAAAUUAAAAAUCAAAAGCUCUAACAAAUGGACAAAAACUGUCAUAGUCCUGAUGUAGAAAAGGUGAUGGCAAUAUAAUGAGUAACGAAACUGUCUGUUCUGUGUGCUAUGAUACAUUCAAAUUUCCCAAAAUGCUACCAUGCAAACAUUCAUUUUGUAUAUCAUGUCUUCACGAAUUUCUGGGAGGUUUACAAGAUCAGUCAAACUUAAUAUGUCCGUUAUGCAGAGAACCUUGUUAUGUACCAGACAAGGGAUUUACCGAAUUCCCAACUAAUUACUUUGUUCCAGUCGAGAAACCACCCAAAUUGUGUCAAGAAUGCAUAAAACUACCUGUGUACCAUAACUGUUUCUUAUGCAGUAUAUUUCUAUGCAAAAAAUGUAAACGAAUGCAUUCUCAUACUAAACAUGUAACUGAACGAACACGCAGUGACGACAGUGACGACGAAGACACCACCAGUCUUCCUCCACAUUUACAAUGGCGACUUAUGCAUCAAAAUAUGAAGACUGAAUUUUUAUGCAAACACAUUUCUUUGUUUGUCGCCGAAUUUCUUCCUAUAGAAGAAAUAAGAAAAACUGUCCGAUCUAUGGCAUUUUCAAGAAAUGGUGGCGUUUAUGUCAUACUGGAUGAUAACGAAUUUCUCUUAAAGUACGACAUACAUGGUAAAAUAAUGGACAGAAUUCUGUUGCCAGCUAAAGCAUUAACCGUACUGGAAAUAAAGAAUGGAUGUAUUUUACUGGCACAUGUAGGAGCUAAGGUUGUUGGUUGUUACUGUCCACCGAACGUCCAAGUCUUUGCCAGAACGCAAACUUUUCAUCCGAUUGGUUUAGCGGAACUUAAAAAUGGAAACAUUGUGGUCAGUGGACCAACACAUCUGUGCAAUGCAAAGUGUAAAGAUGGUGACUGUGAUUUGUCAAAAAAUAGUACUGGUGUUUUGCACAUUUACACAACAACAGGUACACUAUUGCGAGAAAUAUCUAAAGACGCAAUGGAGUAUAUUUUUAAGUGUCCGACUCAAAUGGCUUCAAGUUUUAAAGCUGAAACCAUUGCUGUAUGCGACACUAAACUUAAUAAAGUUAUAGUUCUGGAUUACGACGGAAAAGUGAGAGGAUUAUAUAAAGGCUGGGAAAAAAUGCCAUUCUCUCUAUUUACAAACGGAGAACCAUUCCUUCCUCUCUCUGUAUGCACAACUGCAGACGGGAAUUUUAUCGUAGCUGACAUUUAUAAAGAAUGUUUGCAUGUCCUUACUCCACUUGGAAAAUUUAUAGGCAUUAUGCGUGUUGAGGAAGGUGACUUUUUAUUGGAGAGCAGCGCUUUAUGUGUCGAUUCUGAACAAAAUAUUUGGGUUGGUCACCACUCUCAAGGAACAAUCACUGUUCUUAAGCCUAGUCGUCUGAAUAAUGUUUUCGACAAAAGACACUUUCCUUUCCUUCAUGAUGAAGAACUCCGAGUACCAUUGUUUCCAGAACUUAAUUUUGACGGGAACUAGAUGGCGAUGUCCUGACUCAACAAAAAAUAGUCCAAAAUAAGGGAUUUUGUCAUUUACUUUCAAAUGUUUAUAAAGGCAUAUAUUUCAUUCUUGUCUUUGAAUUUUGCGAUAACGAUUUAUUGACUGUUUCUUGCUUAACGCCCAGUUGCAAAUAUUCCAUGCAUUUUCAAGACGCACUAUGCGAUAAAGUAUCGUUGAUGCAGCUGAAUAAAGUAUAUAUAUAAUUAUAUAUUUCCCAGUCCAAAAAAAAAACGUCGAAACUUUCCCCGAACAGAAGUUUACCCGUGACGCUUUUUCUCCCGGGAAGCCUUGAUUUCUGUAUCACUAUAUUAUAAUUUUUAUGCGGUUAGUUUUUAUGUAAAGCUUCAUACUUAUCUAUAGCGUAUCGA